AAUUACCUAACCUACCGGUAACCUAAGGUAGAUACUAAUCUACUGUUGGGAGAAAGCCAUCCAUACCUUACCUGAGAACAGCCAUACAUACCUAAACACCUAAAGGGAUACCCAAGAAUUGAUUUUAGCAAUUGACGUGUCGAUCGAAGCCCCCCAUUCCUGAUUGGGUGGAGGAGCCUGGCCGGCGAUCGGGGGUCUGUGACGUGGGUGCGAAGAGACUAUCUAAACUAAGUUACUGCGUACAACUGAUUUUUCUGUAUACCUUUCUUCUAUUUUUCUUCUUCUCUCUCUCUCCGAGACAACGAAAAUCCAUUUUCUUCUGUCAAUGGGUCUGAUCCGACUUGUGAUAGAGCUCUGAUCUCUCCCGCUCGGUCGGGGUGGGACGCGAAAGAAGAAAAAAAAAAACCAUGCUCUCCUUGUUUGUCUUGAGCCUCGCGUGUGCGACUUCGGCCGUACCUUUGGCCGAGCAGUGGCCGCUCAACGACGUGUCUGGUCCGGUUGGCAAUAGUGGCUUGGAGUCUGGGUCAAGGGGGUUAACAGGCCGUUUCCUCCAUAUAACAGAUCUACACCCCGAUUCUCACUACAAAGCUGGAACGGCCGUCGGGAAGGGGAGUUGCCACCGAGGCGAGGGGCAGGCCAAGUACUAUGGAUCCGAAGGCACCGACUGCGACUCGCCGCUGUCGCUGAUCAACGAGACCUUUCGCUGGAUUGAAACCCAUCUGAAGGAUGAGAUUGAUUUUGUCGUGUGGACGGGCGAUUCCGCCCGCCACGACAACGACGAGAAGAUCCCGAGAACGGAGGAUGAGGUGGCCGAACUCAACCGGAUGGUCGCCAACAAGUUUGUCGAUGUCUUCCACAACGGCGCGAACCCUUCGAUCCCCAUUGUGCCGACCAUCGGAAACAACGACAUCAUGCCGCACAACAUCAUGAAAAUCGGGCCCAACCGGUGGACCAAGCACUUCCUCGAGAUCUGGAACAAGUUUGUCCCCGAGGCGCAGCGCCAUACCUUUGUCGAGGGCGGCUGGUUUACCUCGGAGGUGAUCCCCAACCGCCUGGCGGUCAUCAGCCUGAACACCAUGUACCUCUACGAUUCCAACAAUGCGGUCGAUGGCUGUUAUGACUCGUCCGAGCCGGGAUACGAACACAUGGAGUGGCUGCGCGUGCAGCUCAAGAUCCUGCGCGAACGCGGCAUGAAGGCCAUCCUGAUCGGUCACGUACCCCCCGCGAGGUCCGGGGCCAAGCGCAACUGGGACGAGACCUGCUGGCAGAAGUACACCCUGUGGACGCACCAGUACCGGGACGUCAUCGUGGGCAGUCUCUACGGCCAUAUGAACGUCGACCACUUCAUGCUCCAGGACACACACAAGCUGAAGAUCCUGGACGAAAGUGUCGGCGAAACAGGAGGCUCCGUCUCCGUGAACAAGCGGACGGACUAUCUGGUCAGUCUACGAGACCAGUGGUCGAAAAUGCCCUCGCCGCCUGACGGUCUGGCGGGCGAUCAUUUCUAUGCUGAGGAUGCUGAGGAUGCUGCGGGUGAUGAUGAUGAUGAUAAUGAAGACGAGGCCCACGAGGUUGACACGGCAGGGUCCAAGAAGAAGAAGAAGCAGAAGAAGAAGAAGGAAAAGAAGUUUCUCAAGAAGAUCGGCGGGCCAUGGGCGGAACGGUACAGCGUUUCGUUUGUCUCGCCCAGCGUGGUGCCAAACUACUUCCCUACGCUGCGGGUGUUCGAGUAUAAUAUCAGUGGCCUGGAGGACGCAACAACUUGGGAAGAAGCACAACCUCUAGACCUCAUUUCCGAGGAAAAUCCCGACGACGUGGAGGUAAACAAGAAGAAAAAAAAGAAGAAGAAGAAGAAGCCUGAUUUCGAGAUGCCGGAGCCGCCCUCGUCGUCGGCUCCGCCAGGGCCGGCAUACUCCAACCAGCCCUUGACGUGGCUGGGCUAUACGCAAUAUUUUGCGAAUCUAACGAGAAUCAACGAGCAAGAAACCACUCGAUUUGAAGCUGAAGCUGACACCAACUCCAAAGAGGACGUGUUCACCUACGAGGUCGAGUACGAUACCAAGAGCGAUAAAUUAUAUAAACUGAAGGACCUGACAGUGCGGAGUAUCUUCCACCUGGCGAGUCGUCUUGCCGAGACGAACCUGGACGCCGAGACCAGUGACGACCGUGCAGCCACGCAGAAGAAGGAUAAGAACAAGGUAUGGAAUACCUUUGUGCGGCGAGCAUUUGUCGGCUUCCUGCAUGAUGACGAUCUGGACGGCCUGGUAGACUAGGGAUCUGCAUGCCUUGUGGAUAGAAAUGUGUAUAUCAUGAUUUUUACAAGUUAGACCUAUUCUGAAAUAGUACGGAGUAUUCCGUACUGUGUACUAUGUAGAGUAUAGUAGUUAUGUACUAACUAGUUAGACGCUUGAGGUCAUUCU